GGUGGACAAAGUUUGCAAAAAGUGAAGUAUGGAAGAGAAUGGAACAUAGAGAAGAUAAUGGAACAAAAAAGAGAAAAAUUACUCCAUGGCGUUAUGAGAUGGCAAGAAAUUUGUACAACUUGGUUAUUAAAUGUCAAGGGAGUGAUGCAGCUAAAAAGGUGCUUAAAGAGGCUUAUGCUCAUGCUAACGAAAGCAUAAAUAAGGUUCUAGAAAAAGAAAAAGCAGCAGAAAAGGAGGCAGCACAAAAGGCACAAGACGAUGUUGAAGCACAACAAACCACAAUCAACAUAGCACCGUCUACAUCAUCAUCAUCAUCAAAUGCACCACAAAUAAUAGUUGAAAAUCCACCACUAGUGAAGACAAAAGGAAGAAGUAAAAGAAAAAAAGGAUUCUUUGAGAUAAGGACAUCGUCAACAGCACCUACAGAAUUUGGAACUUUUACACCAAAAGAACAACUUUUUUAGUGACAUUGGAUUGAAUUUAGUGUUUAUCAAAUUAGUUAACUUGUACCAGCAAUUAGUUAACUUGUUCCCUCAAUUAGUUAACUUCUUCCCUCAAUUAUUUAA